AUGGCAUCCUACUCGGGCAGAAACGCGGUUGUCAUCGGUGGUAGUCAUGGCAUCGGCCUAUCAACAGCUCAGCUUCUGGUUGACAAGGGUGCAAAAGUCCUCGUCACCGGUCGAAGCCUUGGACCCAUUGAAGCAGCAAAGCAACAACUAAAAGAUACGGCCGAGAUUGUACCAUGUGAUAUCACUUCAACCGCUGCCAUAUCUGAUCUUGUUCAGACGGUGCAGUCCUUUUUUGGUGCUGGACAAAGCAUCGAUCUUCUCUUUGUCAACGCUGGUUAUGCCUCUCUGGAGCCAUUCGCUACUGUGUCAGAGGAGUCUUUUCGACGAACAUUCGACACUAACGUAUUCGGUGCCUUCUUCGUCGCACAAAAGCUUACCCCUCUCCUUAAAGAUGGUGGUUCCAUCGUAUUCACCACCUCGGUCGCAAACCAGGUCGGCAUCCCUGGCAUGGCGACGUACUCGGCUUCCAAGGCUGCCGUCCGGUCUUUCGUGCAGACAUUAGCAGCAGAGCUGGUUAAUCGGAGAAUACGGGUCAACGCAGUCUCUCCCGGUUUUGUGAAAACCCCAACGAUGGGUGUUGCAAGCGCCUCGAGUGAUGAUCUACGGGAGUUCGAAAACCAGGGUGUUCAGACUACACCCUUAGGUAGGGUUGGAGAACCGAUCGAGGUUGCGCGUGCCGUUUUGUUCCUCGCGUUCGAGGCCACCUUCACAACGGGCUCGGAGGUGACACUUGAUGGUGGGUUAGCGCUACUGAAGGCGCAUUAG